AUGUUUAUGUGGUUAAAAUAUUUUGAAAGUGAAGAUGGAGUUUGUAUUUCAUGUUUAAAUUAAUUGGGGAAAUCUUAAGUAAGUUGUAAAUAUUAAGAUUGCAAAGAUUAAAUUUGGACUUAUGGAGAAGAAAGUGAUGAUGGAAAUGAUGUAAAUAGAGAUGGUUAUUCUAAUUAUAAGAUUGAUCUUUAACUACACUUGUUCUAAUGA